AUGGCGGCGCUGAGCUCCGGUAAGUGCGCCAGCGGAGAACCGGAGAGGAAGAAGCGGCCGAGGGGCAGGGGCUGGGCGGUCGGCGGCGCUGCAGCCAGCCUCCUGACGCAGGACGAUGCGUGCUGCCCCGUGUGCCGGGACGUCUUUGUGGGGCCCGUAACCCUGCCGUGCCGCCAUUCGCUGUGCUCGGCCUGUUUCAGGCAGAAGGUGGAGCGCAGCAGUCUGCGCUGCCCGCUCUGCCGGCUCCGGUUGUCCGGCUGGGCCCGGGACAGCGGGCAAUGGGACAGGGUACGCCGGAGCUACCCGGAGAGGUGCCGGCGGAGAAUGGAGCAGCGGGAGGGGGAGGCCCCGGCCGAAGUGAUAUUCAGAGCUCCGGUCCACAUAUGCAAGUCAGGAGAAAAGCAGCAGGAAUAUACCAAGACAAAGAAAAGGAUGGAGUUGGAACAGCAGAAAGGUGAAAAGGUAUCUGAACAACGACUGCAGAAGAUCUUCGAGGUGGACCGGAGACAGGUGGAGAUUAAAGCUGGACUGAGACCUGAAGACUUGGCAUCGGCAGAAAUGAGCGAGGAAAAGCAAAGGCCACAGGGUCACUUGAGACAGGAGGAUGGAGGGUCUUUGAAGCACCGCCACAAUUCUUGGUGCGGGGUGCUGUCUGACUCAGAAAACGAGGAGCCCAUCGGAAGAAGGACGAGACACGUUUCUGCAUUUGUCCGCAAGAUACGGAGCCCGCCUGCCAGUCGAAUUCUCCAGAACCGGCCGGGUCAGAGGAGCAAAAGCUGCACCGACUCUGAAGACGACAGACUGAAGAACCGCGGCCCCCUCCCGCUUACCAGCGCCCCCAAGGCCUCAGUGGGCUAUAGCCACAAUGCUGGAAUCCUGUUGUCCUCUGAGAACAGCCGGUCCCUCUCGGCACCCAUUCUGGUCACUGAUAAAAGAAACACAUGCAGAGGCAUGGCUGCUGUGGCUGGCGCCACGUUCGUGGCUCCACCAACCAAAGUCGAGAGGUCUAUCAGCCCAGAGAGCAACGACAGCAUCUCCGAGGAGCUGAACCACUUCAAACCCAUUGUCUGUUCACCCUGCACUCCACCAAAAAGGCUGCCCAAUGGGCAAGUGGUCGAGCCCACCAUAGUGAAAUCCACCCCAAGAAACCUAACCCGGAGUCUGCAGAAGCACACCAGCUACGAGGCCAGCCCCACCAUUCUCCAGAAAUGGAAGCAGAUCGAGAAGGACCGGCGGGGCUCCAAGCUAACCUCGAAGGGGACCAUCACAAGUCCUCUUGCAGAGGAUUUUAACCUUCAGGAAAGUCCCGCAGAGAAGAAGAGAAAAAUCCAUAGGACUUCGCUGGAGAAGAGUACGCUGAAAGAGUGCCGUACUCUUCCCACAUCAAAAAGCGAUACCUCUGGGCGCAAAGGCGAGAGAGAGUCGUACAACAGACGUCGAUUGAUAUUUGAUCAGUCCCCUGGGGAGCCAGGUCUUUCCCUCACACAACGAGACAAGGUAUACACACCUAGGGUGGCCAACUCCGUACGUGGGACCUGUGAUACAGCUCAGGGUAAAGUGUCAGAACCUGUUAGAUGCGAUGGACCGACCUCAAGCCUUCUCAUUGACGGGGACUCCAAACCGGCAGUGUGCAAUCGAAGGGCACCUGACACCCAGGACCUGAGCAGAGUGUCACAUGCCAGAAAUGACGUGAAGAGCCGACCUACCUCCUGGAGGGGCAGAAAGCGGAGCCAAAAGACCAAGCACCUGGAAGACGCCGGAGUAGCUAAAAAUCCCAAGAUGCAUGGCGACAAUGGCCACUCCGCCCCUGAGUUUGACGGAGGCUGCUGGCUGAGCCACCGGCUGCAGCAGGAAAAGGAGGACCUUGAGCUGGCUCUGAAGCUGCAGAGACAGUUCAACAGGGAGUUUGAAAAAGUGGACCGGCAAAAGACAAGCCAUGAGAGGUACCUUCUCCGCUCCUGGGCUUCUGUGGACAGCACACGAAGGUCACGGAGGAUUUCCGAGCGGAACAAGCACUUUAACUACAGCUGGUAAAUCUUUGAAGGGUUGGAUUUGCGGUUUUCUUAGACACCUGGAUUUCUUCAACAUUAACUCCCCUCUUAAUGCCCGAGUCAGUGGAAAUUUUUAAAUCCCUUUAUAAUGUAUGAGAAAGAAAAUAUAUUGUAUAGUAUAUUGAUUCUGAAUGGUUUGUAGGAUACUACCAUUUUGUUAACUGUUACUCAUUAGCAUUUUCCAGUCACAGUUCUGACCUGCUCUGUAUGUAACUAUCAGGUCCAGCUGAGCUUUGUUAGACCCAACUGUGUUGAUUUAAUGGAAAGCUAGGAUUUAAAGCAUUGUAACUAAAAUCAAAGCCCAAAGUUAGCUGAAAACUUAAAAAAUUGACAUAACCAAAAAGUACUAGGUGUUCUAAAUAUUGUUCUCUUUUAUGAACAGUGCAAUUACCUAUCUACCCUAUGAAUUUUAUCUAACGGGUUGGUGAAUGCAUAUGAAAUACAUUGUGUUUUUUUAUAGUCUCACAAUAAAGCACAAUAAAGUAAUAGUUUUAUCAAGUUCACAUGGAACUAAUUCUACCACCUCAUCUGAAUUGAGACUGAAUUUCAAUUAGGCCUAAUUAAUUAAGGAGCUCAGUUGGAUCUAAAGUCAGCAUUCACUGAAGGAUGCUCUACAUGCUUAUGGCUCACCUUAUUAUGUCCAUGCAGUAUUUACUGUUGGAAAUCCAUGAAUCCCUGUCAUGCUGGCUGCUGUCAAAUCCCAGAUAAUCAUAAAAAAGACAGAUUAGGAAGUUGCAGUAAAGCUGAUGAUCAGUGUCAUUUUUGCGGCCAGUGGCCUGAUUUUAAAGUGAAUGUCCAAGGUGAGUCCAGUCUGGUUAUUUGCACAAAGUUCUAUAUGUUCAUCAUGUCUUUACCUGACUGGAAGAGGUCCUGUAUACAUCACAGUUACCUUCGGUAGGUAGACCUGUACAUACUCUGUAUAUCCAUCUAGUGAAAAAGAAUGCUUAGACCAAAUAUUAGUAGUAUUAUUAAUAUAGAAAAGUACACUACUGGUUUGAUCAAUAAUUGGAAAGCAGGUGUUAUGUAUUUUCAAACUAAUAAAAUAACAUAAGUCUUUAGGAAGCCAUUGACCAGUGGAACAGCGGCUUACCUCUUAAUGUAGUGACUGCUUUACUGAAAUGGCGGUUCUGUUGGAUUCAUUCAGUCUGGGAAAUGGGAACGAUUACCGUACUCACAUAUUAACUGUCGUCUCUACCUCUGAGUUCCAAGUUUUUGGAUCGUCUUUCCUUUCAGAGUUUUUUGUUCACCAGCAUUUGGUUUUUCUUACAGCAAGUGGUGAUUUUAACAAUUCUUUAAUGUCCUGCUUUUCCCAGAAAAUUUGUAUUUCGGAACAUCGGUUCGAAGAUCGCUGCCCAACUCUUAUGUAAACUGGGAAAAUGCUUUUUUGUUUCCUUUUUACAUGUCAUAACAGAUGAAUGUCUGUGUAAGCAUUGUAUGCAGAAAAUAAUUUUUUUCAAAGGGCUAUAUAAUAGAUUUGAGAGGCAUUUUUUCUUCUCAAAGACAGUUUUAUUAUUUUGCUUAUUGGGUCUACCAAAAUAAGAGCUUUAAUCAUGUUUAUUUAAAGAACUCUUGUUAAGUGAUUGUAGACGAACAUACACCGUACACUGCAUAUACAGACACACGCCUCUGUAGUGGUACUUCUCAUUUAGGGAGUACUUUUAGUGCCAAAAUCUUUAUUUUAAUUUCAGUGUAGUAUGUCUAGUUUUAAAUAAUUAUUUUUGAGCUCAUGGUCCCGUUAAGCUGAAUUGGGAAUUUUCAGAUGUUUUACAAAUUAAUUUUCUUUUAACAAGACAGAUUUUUCCCUUAAUCUAGGGGGCAACAGUCUUAGCCUUGAUUCCACCGUAUCUUGCAAGUGGCAUAUAGAAUUUAUCUUAAAACUAGUUAUACUGACCCUGCGAUGGGCUGACAUCUCGUUGAGGGUGUACCCUGUCCUGUGCUCCCAGCCGAAGACCACCCCCCCCCGAUCCUGACAAGGAUAAGUGGUCAGAAGAUGCAUGGAUGGAUGAUUUAUAUGCUGCUCAAAUGUUUUGAAGGUUUUUGAAAGCGAGAUUGUGUGUUCAGGCAGGCCACACUGGUAGUGACUUGGUGCUGAGCGUGGUUCAUCAAUGAGCCGUUAAUGUAUAAUGCUUGUUGAUCUAUAAUGAGUUUAAUUUCAACAACAUUCCAGGAAAUAUAGCCUGUGUAUUUGGGAACUGAGCCUGCAUUUUCUCAUUCUGUCAAGAGAUCUUAUUCUAGUCCUGUUAAUUCAAGGGGGGUAUGAUUUUCAGACUUCUUUCAGUCCUUCCACUGUUUUGGUUCUACAGUAUUAGGAGACCAGCCUGUCACUUUUAUUUCUGACCUUGCCUACAUAACAUUUUGCUGUUCAGUAGUAUUCUUAUUUUUCUCUCAGCUACAUACAAUGUUUUUUGUUUUUUUUAAAUUGGUCUUCCUAUUAGUUUUUCAGAUAUACAGUAUAUCAUCAUAUUGAUGUACUUUUACCUCGUUAAUGUAGCUCUGUAAUUGAUGAAUUUGUGAAUAUAUGGAUGACUUUCUCCAAUUUGUAGCUUGAAGUCUGAGUAAAUUAAAGGUCAAAUGAUUUUAAAAUGGGUAUUUAUCACCAGAAGCACUUUCACAGAUUCUCAUUCUUUUUUCUUGUCUAAUGGUCCUGCUAAUAUUAUUUCAUGGCAUUGGUUCGUUGCAUAUCACUUUUUAAGGUUGUAAAACAAGGAAUUUGGACCCGUAAUUUUGCUGAAACACUAUAAAUCUCCCUAUGAUCUUGGGAAUUUGUGAACAGCUGGUGAUGAUGUCAUUAUUAUUAUUUUAUUAUUUGUUCUGCAUUGCUCUUUCCAAUUGAAGCAUCUAUAGAAUUUAUUCUCCUUCCAGCCUAACUGGCAGUCAUUCAAGUUGGCAUUAAAUAUUAAAUCUUUGUGGACUGUGGACCUGCUUUGAAGAAAUGUCCAUAAAUAAAAUAUGUAUGAAGUUA